AUGGCCAGGCUACGACUAUCUCUCGUCUUUCCGUUUCUCCUGCUCGUCCCUGUUCCCGUCCUCGCCCAAUAUGGCCCCUACGAUUACGGGUUCGAUGUCGGCAGCCAUGUCAAACGCCAGUUUUCGAGCCGACGAGUUGUUGUGCAAACAGAGAGCGACGAUGGUGAGAUUCAUGUGCGCCAGGAGAUCCGCCAGCUCGAGAAGGAUCCAGAGCUUUGGACUCUCUAUAUCCUGGCGCUCAGCAUGAUGCAGUUCACCGACCAGGAUGUCCCUACGUCGUGUCUUGUUCCCGACAUGGCACCGGCCUUAUAUGGCUCUCAAGUUUUGCGAAACCUUGCUCAGUAUAUCGCCUCUCUGUGGCCUGAGCCUGACAGAAAACGCUUCGAGAGAGCAGCUCGCAGGUUCCGAAUUCCUUAUUGGGACUGGGCUGCCAGUCCUCCUUCCGCAGGGAGUGUUUUUCCGGCCAGCAUUGGGGCGCUUCCCUUUGUUGAUGUUACCGGCCCGAACGGUCGUCAGAGAAUCGCGAACCCUCUGUAUAGUUACUCUUUCAGGCCCCUUAACAAGACCGCCUUCUCUAGAGCUCCGUGGAACUAUUGGACAAACACCCUCCGGUAUCCAACAAGUAGUGCCCCAGACGCUCAGUCGAACAACUCUCAGGCUGCGAUUAACUUCGACAGAAAUCGUCCUUCAAUAGCCCAAAGAUUAUAUGCGCUGCUAUCAAACUAUGACGAUUACAACAAAUUUAGCAACAACGCCUGGCGGCCGCAGUCGCCCAAUGCUUCGUAUGACUCCCUCGAGUCUCUCCACGACACGGUCCACAGCCUCUCCGGUGGAAUUAUCCAGGGGAGAUCCCCCGGAGGACACAUGUCCUACAUUCCCUUCUCAGCCUUCGACCCGAUCUUCUUCCUUCAUCAUGCCAUGGUGGACCGCAUCUUCGCCAUAUGGCAAACCCUCUACCCUGACUCUUGGGUCAAGCCAACUCCCGCUCGCGAGCCGACCUACACUCACAAGGCAGGACAGAUACAGAAUGCAAGCACGCCUCUUACACCAUUCUUUGCUAACGACAACGGCACCUUUUGGACCUCAGACGGUGUCCGAGACCAUACAAUCUUUGGAUACACCUAUGCCGAGCUGGUGAAGCAACGUCCUAUCACGAGCCGCAACGCCCAACAAGCCUACCAAGCUCGCGUCAAGGCAGCCGUCAACCGCCUGUACGGGACUAACAGCCCGGCCACCCUUUUCAUGAAUGAGCUUCGGGCACAGGGCUUCAAGGAGGUCGGAGUGGUGGACGGUCAAAUCAACGACAAGCUGUUCGCCUCUACCCUUGGUGGCCGCAUUUUUGACGGUGACCAUUACCACGAAUGGACCAUUAACAUCCGCGUGGGCAAGAUGGCGCUCGGUGGUCCUUUUUCGAUCCACUUCUUCUUGGGUGAUCCCCCGGCGGACCCCGACUCGUGGACUAUUUCGCCAAAGCAUGUUGGAACCAUGGGGGUGUUUGGCCAUGCUGACAAAGAAGACGCUCCCCGCAUUAGGAGAAGGAACCUCGAUGCCGACUUCAGUGAAGAGGACGGCAUCACUAUCUCAGGGACUGUUCCCCUGACCGCGGCUCUGGUGAAAGAGGUGAUCAAGGGUGAGCUUGCAAGCCUGGCGCCGCAGCACGUUGAGAGCUAUCUAGCUACCAGGUUACAGAAGCGUGUACUGGCUCCUGGUGGUAAGGUGUUCACAGUGGAAUGUGUACGGGGCUUGAAAAUUUCGGUAGUCAGCUCGGUCGUUCGGGCACCGUAUUCCGAGGACGAGCUGCCUGAGUGGAAGCCGGGGGCAAAUAUGCAUAUGGAGAUGUGUUGA